GGCUUUUUGGAGCUUUAAAAUGACGAUGGCAGCGAAAUCUUUCUCUUAGGUUGUCUUUGUGAAUUCAAUCCAGAAGAGCUUCGAGUUGUCACUUCGGUAUGAGCAUUUCUCUUAGAGCGCAAAGCUAAGAAGAGAAGCCCGCCUCCAGUCUGCAUAAUUUCAUCAACAUUGGGCCCUUAUCACUGCUCUUUUCGCAACACCCGAACUCCCAGAGGUCAUGAUGCUAAAUGACGAUGACCUUGAGCAAGCGGCCAUCCAGUUGGCUCGGUUCCGCAUGGACACGACCUUGCCUAGCAUACUGGAUCAAUAUGCCGCCUUGCUUGAAAAUUAUAAGCGUCUGAAGAGCGACUAUGAAGAAGAACGUGAUGGUAGAGAAAGAUACAAACAAAUGUCUAAAGGCCAAGGCGGCAAUCCUUUUGUACUAGUCUUGGUUGAUGGCGAUGCUUACGUCUUCCACGAAACCUUGGUAGGCAACGGUGCUAAUGGCGGACGAACUGCAGCACAACUUCUCAACGAGUCUAUCAAGAGCAGUCUCAGGAAGAAAGACCUCGAGCACUGCGAGAUUAUGGUGCGAGUAUAUGCAGACGUUGCCGGCUUAUCAAAGAAUCUCUACAGAGCACGCUUGACAGGUCCCGAGAAGCGAUCUCUCGCCCCGUUUGUCGCCAGCUUCAACAGGUCAUAUGGGCUCUUCGACUUCGUCGACGUCGGAGAGUGGGAUGAGACAGCUGACUUGAAGCUGCGUGCUGCACUCAAUCUAUAUGCCCCAAGCCCACAGUGUAAACACAUCUAUUUUGCGGGCUGUCACGACGGCGGGUACAUAUCUGAUUUAGCGACAUUUUCUAGCAGCAGAGAACGGUUAACGCUGGUGACAGCGCCUGAUGUCAAAUUCCAAGAUGAUUACGACCGGUUAGAUAUGGAAAUUGAAGAGUUUCCUGGAAUAUUCCAGCCAGUUCCAGCUCAUACUUCUUCAGGCCAUCAAUCGCCUCGCUCCAGGUCUGGGUCAGUGAAGGGCGCCUCCAGAGAUUGGAGAGUAAUGGCAACACCAAUAACAAUAAGGGAAUCCCAUAUUGGCCCUGCAACAAAGAAGCAGCAGAAAUGCAAAUUUUAUCGGAGCGGAACAUGCAAAUAUGGUGAUGAGUGCAGGAACUUGCAUGCGGAAUGAAAUAAACGUUCCUGCUGGGGAAUGGCACGCAAUCAGAUAAUGGAAAUGGCAUCUUCCAAGCUCAGUGUCCGAAUCAGCCAAGAAUAUUUGCUAUAUGAAUUAAACGGCAUAAACGUA